AUGCUGCUCGAUGACGAUAUCGAUGACGAUGUCGAUGUCGGUAUUGAUAAUAUUAUGGAUGUUGAUGUCGAUAUUGAUGAUUUUGAGGGUAUUGCAGAUAUUGACGAUAUUGGUGUCGAUGUCGAUGUUAAUGUUGCCAUCGAUAUUGAUGUUGUUGUUGAUAUCGAUGUCAUCGUCGAUGAUGAUGUUGAUAUUGCAAUUUAUAUUGAUAUUAAUAUGGAUAUCGAUAUCGACGUUACUAUUGCUGUCGAUAUUGAUGAUAUAGAAGAUGUUGAGGAUGUUGAUGUUGCUGUUGUUGUUGCUGUCGAUGUCGUUCUCGAUAUUAAUGAUGUUGAGGAUGUUGAUAUUGAUACUGAUAUCGAUGGUGAUGUCGAUGUUGAUGUCGAUGUCGAUUUCGAUAUUGAUGAUGUUGAGGAUGUUGGUAUUGACGUUUAUAUUCACAUUUAUAUUAAUAUUCAUAUCGAUGUUGCUUUUGCUGUUGAUAUCAAUGUCGAUAUUGAUGAUGUUGAGGAUGUUGAUAGUGAUAUUGCUAUUGACAUUGAUAUCUAUGCCGAUGUCGAUGUUGAUGUCGAUAUUGAUGAUGAUGAGGAUAUUGGUAUUGAUGUAUAUAUUCACAUUGAUAUUCAUAUCGAUAUCGAUGUCGAUGUUAAUGUUGCUGUCGAUGUUGAAGUCGACGUCGAUAUUGAUGUUGUUGAGGAUGUUGAUAUUAAUAUUUAUAUUCACAUUGAUAUUAAUAUCGAUAUCGAUGUUGUCGUCGAUUUCUCUGUUGCUGUUGCUGUUCAUGUUGAUGUUAAUGUCGUUGGCGAUGUCGACGGCGAUGUUAGUAUUAAUAUUAUUGGGAACAUUUAUGUCGAUAUUGUUGAUGUUGAGGAUGUAGGUAUUGAUAUUUAUGUUCACAAUUGA